CUUCAAUAUCACUUCUCCUAGAAUUUAUUUUCAAAAUACUACUCUCAUACAUAACUAUAUACAUCCGCCACAACUACUACACCAUCACCAUUAGACCCAACAAUUGAAACACAUUCCUCUCCAAUCCGGCUCAAAAACAACCCAAUUCCACCAACCUACAGACCACCAUGCUCAACCGCAUCACCCCAAUCGGCCGCCUGGUCCAACGCACCACUCAAAUUCAAACCCGAACCCGAACCCUCCAACCCGCCACCCGCACCUUCCGCACCAUCGCACCGCUGCGCACAACUCACCAGCAAAAGAACGAAACGAAAUCCGGAGACCGCAACGUCCUCGACCCUCAGCGAUCGGAGAGCUCCUACACCGGCACGGACAGCGAAGUCGCGGGCCACGACGCAGCCUUUGACCCUAGCAACACAUCACCCGAAGGCCAGGUCGAGCAGGCGCAGAAGGAGUCCGAGCAGCAGGGUAAAGUGAGUAACCCUCUGGAUAUGAGUCCUGGAAACUCGGAAGUCAGUCAUGCGAGGCCGCCCCAGGAGGGAGGUCCCGAUCAUAAUGCUGAAAAGGAGGGGCCCAGCUCGAGGGGGUGGACGAAGAAGAACCGUGAGGUGAGGGGUGGGAAUAGGAAGUAUUGAAGGAUUGAGGUUGUUGUAUAGACUUUGCAUUUGGUUUUUAAAUUGUCUCAUGUGUGAAAGUGCUUGUUUGUUGGGUUGAGUUGUGUAUGGUAUUGGAUAUAAUAAGAAGCAGG